CGCGCCUUACUGAAAGCUGCACGAGGGUUUUCGGAUUACAGCUCUCGUGUAUAUAUAUUUAAAUAUAUAUAUAUACACAUAUACGAGAGACAGAAAUAUCCAUAUUAUUGAUGGUUUUGCGCUUGGUAAAAGUUAUCCUAACCGUUUAGGUGUAAAAAUGGCAACUUUCGAGUCUCUUGGGCUGUCCGAGUGGCUAGUUAACCAAUGUAAACAGAUGGGUAUCACGCGCCCGACCCCCGUGCAGGAACAUUGCAUGCCAGCUAUUCUGGAAGGUCGAGACUGUAUGGGCUGUGCGAAAACUGGAAGCGGCAAAACAGCAGCAUUUGUACUUCCGGUGCUGCAGAAGUUGUCUGAAGAUCCCUACGGCAUCUUCUGCCUGGUUUUAACGCCUACGAGGGAACUGGCUUAUCAGAUAGCUGAACAGUUUAAGGCUUUGGGAAAGCCUCUGGGACUGAAAGACUGUAUCGUAGUUGGAGGAAUGGACAUGGUGACUCAGGGUUUGGAGCUUUCCAGAAAGCCACACGUUGUUGUGGCCACACCAGGGAGAUUAGCGGAUCACAUUCGGAGUUCGGACACGUUUGAUAUGAAGAGACUCCGAUUCUUAAUCCUGGAUGAGGCUGACCGUCUGCUGGAGCAGGGCUGCACAGACUUCACUAAGGACCUGGAAAUUAUUCUCAACGUUGUUCCAGCGAAACGGCAAACGCUGCUUUUUAGUGCAACGCUGACAGACACGCUGCAGGAACUGAAGAGCAUUGCUAUGAACAAGCCUUUCUUCUGGGAGCACAAAUCUGAAGUGCGAACAGUGGAAGAGCUCGAUCAGAGAUACAUCCUUACACCCGAGAAAGUCAAAGACGCGUACCUGGUGAAUCUCAUCCAAAAAUUCCAAGAUGAACACGAAGACUGGUCGAUCAUGAUCUUCACCAACACGUGCAAGAAUUGCCAAAUACUCACAAUGAUGCUUCGUGAGUUUAAAUUUCCUGCCAUCGCCUUACACUCCAUGAUGAAGCAGAGACAACGGUUCGCAAACCUCGCCAAGUUCAAGUCCAACGUCUUCAAGAUCCUCAUCGCCACAGAUGUAGCUGCCAGGGGUUUGGAUAUACCUACAGUGCAGGUUGUCAUCAAUCAUAAUACCCCAGGGUUGCCAAAAAUCUACAUUCACAGAGUCGGCAGGACCGCACGUGCAGGCAGGAAUGGUGUUUCUAUCACACUGGUCACACAGUACGACAUUCAUUUGGUCAGCGCCAUCGAGGAGCAGAUCCAGGCCAAGCUGAAGGAGUAUCCAGUUCAAGAGAAAGAGGUGCUGAAGAUUCUUACCCAAGUCAACGUCACGAGACGACAGUGCGAGAUUAAGCUGGAAGCAACAGAUUUUGAUGAGAAAAAGGAAAUCAACAAAAAGAAGCAAAUGAUUCUCGAAGGGAAGGACCCUGAUUUGGAAGAGAAGAGGAAGAAUGAGCUUGCCAAAAUAAAACGAGAAAAAAAGAAAUUCAAAGGAAGAAUUCAGGAAGCCAUACAGAAGAAGAAGAAAGGAAAGAUGCUAAUGAAAAGAACAAAUCGGAAAAAAGUUCCAAGCCAGACUGCUCCAGGAUCUUCAUAAUUAUUACUGUUUUUUGCAUUAUAAAUGACUACCUGUUUUUUGUGUAUAUAAUAAUAAACGAAUAGAUUUUAUUUCAUUCCCUGGCUAAUAAGAUUGUUUCAAAUAAACAAGCCAACUCGU